AUGGCCGAGGAGAGCGCGGUGGCCGUGUGCGUGCGGGUCCGGCCCCUCAACAGCAGAGAAGAAGCACUCGGAGAGAAUUCCCAGGUUUACUGGAAAACUGGCGAUAAUGCUAUUUACCAAGUCGAUGGAAGUAAAUCAUUCGGUUUUGAUCGUGUCUUCAGCUUUGAGGAGAGCACUAAGAACGUGUAUGAAGAAAUCGCCAUGCCCAUCAUCAACUCUGCCAUCCAAGGGUACAAUGGUACCAUCUUUGCCUACGGACAAACUGCUUCCGGGAAGACCUACACCAUGAUGGGCAGCAAAGAUAACCUGGGGGUAAUUCCCAGAGCCAUUCAUGAUAUCUUCCAGAAGAUUCAGAAGUUUCCAGACAGGGAGUUUCUCCUGCGCGUGUCAUACAUGGAGAUCUACAAUGAGACCAUCACAGACUUGUUGUGUGACACCCAGAAAAUGAAGCCACUGAUCAUUCGGGAAGAUUAUAAUAGGAAUGUGUAUGUGUCCGACCUCAUGGAAGAAGUGGUCUACACAUCCGACAUGGCCUUGAAGUGGAUCACCAAGGGCGAGAAGAACCGGCAUUACGGGAUCACAAAAAUGAACCAGAGGAGCAGCCGCUCGCAUACCAUCUUCAGGAUGAUUCUGGAAAGCAGAGAGAAAGGAGACCCUUCAAGCUGCGAGGGUGCUGUGAAGGUGUCCCAUCUGAACCUGGUGGACCUGGCAGGCAGCGAACGAGCCGCUCAGACUGGCGCUGAAGGUAUGCGGCUCAAGGAAGGCUGCAACAUCAACCGAAGCCUGUUCAUCCUGGGACAGGUGAUCAAGAAACUGAGUGACGAGCAGGCUGGCGGCUUCAUCAACUAUCGGGAUAGCAAACUGACCCGCAUCCUGCAGAACUCGCUGGGUGGUAACGCCAAGACCCGCAUCAUCUGUACCGUCACGCCCAUGUCCUACGACGAGACCCUCAGCACCCUGCAGUUUGCCAGCACAGCCAAGUACAUGAAGAACACUCCAUAUGUGAAUGAAGUAUCCAGCGACGAGGCACUCCUGAAGCGCUACCGGAAAGAGAUCAUGGACCUCAAGAAGCAGCUGGAGGAGGUUUCCUUAGAGACCCGGGCCCAGGCCAUGGAGAAAGACCAACUGGCUCAACUUUUGGAAGAAAAAGACUUGCUUCAAAAAGUGCAGAUUGAGAAAAUCCAAAACCUGACCCGCAUGCUAGUGACCUCCUCUUCCCUCUCGUCACAGCAAGAGUUGAAGGCUAAAAAAAGGCGAAGAGUCACUUGGUGCCUUGGCAAGAUUAACAAAGUAGAGAAUGCCAAGUUCACGGAAGAAUUUUCCUUGCCAGCAAGUGUGACCACCAAAACAAACCACUCAGCACUCGGUUUUGUGGGAGAGAUGGACAAAUCUCUCUGUUCAGAAGCCGACCCCUUCUACAGUACUCUGGAUGUGUUAGAGGAAAUCGAGUGGAACCCAGCCUCAAAACUCCUGGCAUCAGAUAACUCAGAGAGCCAGUUGAGAUCACUUUGUGCUGACUAUGAUCAUCUGGUCCUGGACUAUGAGCGACUAAGGAGAGAAAAUGAAGAGAUGGAAAUAAAAUUAAAAGAAAAGAAGGACUUGGAUGAAUUUGAGGCUCUCGAAAGAAAAGCUGAAAAAGAUCAAGAGAUGCAACUAAUUCAUGAAAUAUCCAACCUAAAGAAUUUAGUUAAGCAUGCAGAAGCAUAUAAUCAAGACCUUGAGAAUGAACUCAGUUCAAAAGCAGAGCAGCUGAGAGAAAAGGAAGACCAGAUUAAGCAGCUGCAGAAACAGCUGGACACUCAGAAGUCAGAGAAUUUCAUAGUGGACCUGUCCUACUCAUCGGAGCCUACAGGGGAUCUGAAACAGCUGAGGCAGAGCCUGCUGGAUGCCGAAACUGUGGCAAUGGACUCUAAGCGAGAAUCAGCCUUCCUGAAGGAUGAGAAUCGAAAGCUGUGUGAGAAGCUAAAAGAGCAGGCGAGUAUGUGCGGGCAGAUAGAAAGCGACCUACAAGGCUGCCAACGGCAGCUGGAGGCCAAGAAGAAGAUGCAGGCAGACAUGGAGAAGGAGCUACAGGCUGCGUUCAGUGAGAUCACCGAACUCAAUGCCCUCCUGAACAGCAAGGUUCCCAAAGACACACUCACCACCCUGGCACUGGAAAGGAAGAUUUCUGAGCUCCAAAAGGAACUGAAGAAAGAAUUGGAAGAAAAGGAGGCUUUGCAUAAUGAAGUUAAUUUGCUCACAGAAUUGAAGUCUUUGCCCUCGGAAGUAGAAAUACUGAGGAAAGAGAUCCUUGAGAAAUCUGAAGCUCUGUCUCUGGUUACAUCUGAAAAGGAUAAGCUGCUUUCUGAACUCCUUGCUAAGGACAACAGAGCCCAGGACUUUGUUGGAGAAGUGGAGGAAACCAGAGACGCCACCGCAGCAGGUGCCCAGAUGGACUGUCUGAGCUCCAGCGGAGAAAUGCCAGCGUCCAAGCAUUGCUCUGCUGAGGACCAGUACCAGGCACUCCUGGAGGAGAAUUGCAGAAGGGGUGAGGAGCUUACUGAGCUCCACCUGAGGUUGGCCGCCCUGGAGAUGGAGCUUACUCAGAAAGCCCAGGAACUGCAGCAGCAGAUGGCCGAGGGACAAGCUCAGCAGGACAACACACAGCAACUGCAAGUGCAGCUGCAAAGCCAGGAGUCUCGGCUUCAGGAUGCAGAGCAAGACAGGGCACGCCUGGCCGAGCAGCUCGAACAAGCCCUCAGGAACGUGAGCAUCUUGACACAGGAAAAAGACGCCCUCUGGGAGCUGCAGGCCAGCCUGCAGAUGGAACGCAACCAGCUGCAGUGUGACAUCCAGGACACAGUGACCAUGAACAUCGAGACUCAGGAGCAGCUGCGGGAAGCCCUGGAGUCUCUGAGACAGAACCAGGAGACCAUCAGCUCCUUGAGGAGGAGACUUGCCGCAGAGCCCAACAGGAACUCAGUGGGAGAACUCUCCAGCAGGGAGGAUCAGCCUCUGGAAGCCAGUGCAGUGGCCGUGGUGGAGGAUCAGGAGCCAGAGCGAAAGAUCUUUUCUUUAAUCCGGGAGAAGGAGGAGCUACAGCAGAUGCUGGAGCACAUGAGGGCAGAGAAGGAGCAGCUGAGGAGUGACCUGCAGGAGAGCAUUGAAAGGACCAUUGAAAACCAAGACGAGUUAAGAAUUCUCAGGGAGAAAUUUAAAAGUCAACAGGAGAUGGUGUCACAAGGCAGUGACCCCAGUGUGGAAAGAGAACGGCUGGCCAGCACUGAGGAGAGGCUAAGGGAGAUGAGCCAGCGGCUGUGCAAGAAGGAAGAGCAGCUGGUGUGUGCCCAGGAGGAGCUAGGUGCUGCACAGAGCCAUGGCUGCAGGGUGGAGAAGUUGGCCCCCAAGCUGCAAGAGAGCCUUACAGAGGUGGACACAACAUCUGGAGACAGGUGUAGCCAGUGGUUGCUACAAGAGGCCCUAGAGGCUGGGCAGGAACAGCUGCACAAGCACAUCGGACAGCUGGAAGCAGCCGCUGAAAUGAGCCAGGAAGAGCAAAGAGCUGCUCACAGGACCCCAGCGGAACAGCAGGAAAUGCACACAGCUGAGCUGGUGGCACCAGGCAGAGACUUGGCCUGGGACCCUAGUGACAGCAUCCAAGAUGCCACAAGUGUUCAGGGAGUGCUGGAGGAUCUGGAGCCCUGGAGCCAACCACCACAGAACCCAGCUGCCCCAGUACAGGCAAACUCAGAGCUGGAGCUGCGGGGCCAGGCCAAUCACCAGGAAAUAGAGUCGCUUGUGGAGGAAAGAGACCAGCUUCGAAGGGAAAGGGACAUGCUGGCAGUCAAGCACUACCAGCUGAGACAGGACCUGAGCCAAAGGGGCACUCAGAGCCCGGAGGCUCAGAGAAAGCAGGACCAGCCGGUCAGUGGGCCAGAGAACAGCAAUGGUCAGGAGACCGUGGUAGAGAUACAGCCCUGGGCAGGCGGAGAUAGGGACACCGUCCACUCUCUUAGGGAGCCCCCAGAGCUGGAUGAGCACAUGAGAAAAAUCCUCACCAAGCACCAAAAAGCUGAGGAGGAGCUGACAGCCACCCGCUGUCACCUGCAAGCCCAGGAAGAGACCAUCAAGGAGCUGCGAGCAGCUCUUCAGGACAGGGAGAUUGAGGCAGCCCGCAUGCAGCAGGAGCUGAACAAAGCCAGGGAGGAGCUUCAGAAGCAGUUCCAGGAGCUUGAACAGAAACGGGAACAACGUGGAGAGAACGGAAAACGUGAGGCCCCAGGGAAAGCAGGCGAACUGUCGCACCUUCGGGAGCUGGUAGCCGCCCAAGACACCACCCUGCAGAGCACUGAUCAGGAGCAGCUGGAGGCUGUGAGGACAGAGCAGGCAUUGUUGAGUGUUGAGAACGGGCUGGCAGAGAGCGUGCGGGCCACUGAGACCAAGCUGGAAUGGGAACACUCGGCAGGCCAGGAGGAUGUGGAGCCCACCAGACAGCAGCUGGGCAUCCAGCAGGCAGCCCCAACCAGCAUGACAAUGGAGGACACAGGGCUGGCGCAGGGACACCUGGAGCAGAUGACCACAGUGAGUGGAAGAGGGGGCAGCAUGAGGGCUGACGGGCAUGUGUUGCGUGUGAGCAUCCAGGCCCCAGAGCAGCAGGAGCUGAAGGCAGCCCGGGAGCACCUGAAGGGGCAGCAGGAGGAGCUGAAGGCAGCCCGGGAGCACCUGAAGGGGCAGCAGGAGGAGCUGGAGGCGGCCCGGGAGCACCUGAAGGGGCAGCAGGAGGAGCUGGAGGCAGCCCAGGAGCACCUGAAGGGGCAGCAGGAGGAGCUGGAGGCGGCCCAGGAGCACCUGAAGGGGCAGCAGGAGGAGCUGGAGGCGGCCCAGGCGCACCUGAAGGGGCAGCAGGAGGAGCUGGAGGCGGCCCGGGAGCACCUGAAGGAGCAGCAGAAGCAGCUGGAGGCGGCCCAGGAGCACCUGAAGGGGCAGCAGGAGGAGCUGGAGGCGGCCCGGGAGCACCUGAAGGAGCAGCAGAAGCAGCUGGAGGCGGCCCAGGAGCACCUGAAGGGGCAGCAGGAGGAGCUGGAGGCGGCCCAGGGGCACUUGAAGGGAAAGCAGGAGACUCUGGAGAGCCUCAGAAAACUGCUGUCGGAGCAGUCAGGGGAGCUAACCAGUGUGCGAGCCGAGCUGGAGACCAGCUGUGCUGCUCUGAGAUCACAGGCCCAGGAGCGCCAGAAGGAGCUGGAGGCAGCCUGUGAGCACCUGAAGGAGCAACAGGAGGCUGUAGAGAGCCUCAAGACGCUGCUGUCAGAGCAAUCGGGAGAACUGGCCAAUGUGCGGGCCGAGCUGGAGACUAGCAACACCAGGCUACAGGAAAAGACGCAGGAGCUGAGGGCCAGCGAGCACCAGCUGUGCCAGCUGUGGGAGGAUGUCAGCGAGAUGGAGAAACAGCUCUUAGAGAUGAAGCAGCUCCGGAAGCAGCUGAAGGAGCAGGGCCUGAGCUUCAACAAGCUGGAGCUGGAGAAUUUGAAUCUGGCCCAGCAGCUCCACGAGAACCUGCAGGAUACGAAAGCCCUGACCAAGGAGCGGGACGAGCUACGUCUGGAUCGGGAUCAACUUCAGGAGCGGCUGCAGGCGUCUACCACCAGACACUUGGAAAUUGAGCAGGAGCUGGGUGCCACUCAGGCACGUCUGAAAGCACACCAGGAAACCAUCCAGAAGCUCGGGCAGAAGGUUUCUGAAAAGUCAUCUCAGAUCUCAGAUAUUCAAGAGGACUUUGAGAAGUCGGAGGAUGAACUGCAAAGGAAGAUCCAAGACCUUCAGAAAAAUCAACUCCAGCUUCUUAAAAUGAAAGAGCAUGUUGAUAGGACGCAUAAGACAGUGAAUGCAGUGCAGCAGUUAAUGAGGCAUUCUGAGGCCCCAGGGAUGGCCUUGCCCAGUGUGGAAAUGGAGAACUUGCUCUUGACUCAGAGGCUCCAUGACAGCCAGGAAGAGCUCAGAGCUAUAGCUCAGGAGAGAGAUGAGCUGAGGAGGAUGAAGGAAAAUCUGGAGGCCGAUCGAGCACGAGUCAGCUGGGUGCAGAGAGAAGGGAGAACAAGAGACCUGCAGGACCAUAGACAGGGAUCAGGGUGUGACAGGCAGCCCCUGACAAGGUGUCUUCGAGAAAAGUGCUCCCGGAUCAAAGAGCUUCUGAGGAAGUACUCAGAGAUGAACGCUCACUACGAGAGUUUGAACAGCCUGUCCACGGAGCUGGAGAGGGACGUCAAGGCCCAGAAGGAGCUCUCGGUCCGUGUGAAGGAGAAGCUGGCGCUACCUUUCGCACAUGCCAAGGAGGUGGACCGGGUGCUGAUGGUCAGCCUGCGCUGCUCCAGUGAGCUGCUGCGCAUCAUGAAGAAGAUGAAGUACGUGCUGAGCAACAUCACAAAGAUCAAGGAGGAGCAGCACAAAGCCAUCAAUAGGUUUGAGACGGCUUUUAUAGAUGAGGUAGAGAAGCAGCACGCCCUGCGCGCCAGGAUCCAGCACCUGCAACUGGGCACCGAGGAGCCGUCCAGAGAUGCGAGUGAUAUGAAACUAAGCCAGAACAUGGACCUACACCUCGAGGAGAUUCUCCGAGAUCUUUCAGAAAGUGACUUCCACAGUAUGAAGGCCGAGUUUGAGGAGAUGCUUCGUAACAGGAAGGAAACACUCCAGCUCUUGCAAGACUGGUUGACAAUCCGCUUUGACACAGAGAAGCUCAAAGACAGCAUCCAGAGUGCCAGCCACCGAAUCAGCCAAGGGAACAACUUCUACAAUAAGAAAAUUCUUGAGAUCCUGAAUGAGUCCACGGAGUUCGAGGAGAGAUCUGCGACCCUUACCCGGCAGUGGGAGCGCGACCUGAGAGCCAUGCGGGAGAAGAGAGAGGCACUGAAUGAGAACUACCAGGCCCUUCUGCAUGCCCCGCUGCCCUCUGGUCCCCCCAAUCCUGCCAGUCCCCACAACCCCACAGAGGACAGGCAGCCCCUGAUACCAGCCAAGGCUGCACCACACAGCUCGCAGGCAAGUGUCCGGGAGCUGGAGGCUUUGCUGCGAGAAGCCAGAGAACAUGGCCAGCACAAGGACAGCCAGAUCACCAAGAUGCAGAAGGACAUGGAGGCGUCGCAGGGUGCCAUGGCCAGGUUGCAGGAACAAGUCAGCAAGCUGAGUGAGCACCUGGAGAAAGAGAAGGCAGCUGUGCAGGAGCUGCAGGACAAAGUUGCUUUAGGUGCCAAGCCAUAUAAGGAAAAGAUUGAGGAGCUGAAGACGAAGCUGGUAAGGAGAGACUUGGAGGAGCAGAGACGCAGAGAGGAGCGUGACAAGGAGCUUGUUUUGACCAGUGCCACUGUUGAGUACCAGAAAGAGGUGAUCAGGUCGCUGAAAGAGACCCUCAGGAAAAAUCAGCAGGCCCAGGAUACCUCUAUGGCAUCUGAACACACUGACCCACAGCCACCAAGUAAGCCCCUGACUUGCGGAGGUGGCAGCGGCAUCGUGCAAAGCACCAAGGCCCUGAUCCUGAAAAGUGAGUGCACAAGGCUCGAGAAGGAAAACUGCCAGUUGAGGCAGCAGAAUGAGCAGCUGACCCAGCAGAAGAAUGAGCUGCUAAGCAAUAACCAACAUCUGUGCAGUGAGGUGCAUGCAUGGAAGGAGAGAACGCUCCAAGAGGCACAGAAAGACAGGGUGCACCAGCGGUCCCCAAAGUCUCCCAAGGUCACCGCCCUCAAGAAGCACCCACGUGCACCCACGCCAUCACCCACCCACCUCUGGGAACGCAAUGCUGGCCACCCCAAGCCACCCCGCUCACCCAGGCCCCGGCUCCUGGACAACCACUCCAGGUCGCUCCCGUCGCCCCAGCCCACCCGCUACUUUGACAACUCUAGCCUCUGCCUGGGCCUGGAUGCAGGACCGUUUAGCGACAAUGGAGUGGACAGUGACAAGGGAGUGGACAGAGCCAACCCCAAGCCCCUGCCCUGGAUGGCCGAGUCCAGUGCGGAUGUGCCUGAGUGCAAGACACAGUAACAACCACCUGCC